AAGAAAAUCACACGCUUCAAACUUCAGCUGUCAGACUCCACAGAGCCCGCAAUGGUUCUAAAAAUAUUGCAGAAACUGAAAGGUCUGGAUAUCACAUUCGAAAUUCUCGCUGAAACUGGGAUUGGCAAAACGGUUAAUUCCUUGCGGAGACACAAACAGGCUGGAGAACUUGCCAAAUCGCUGGUCAAAGACUGGAAAAGAAUGGUUCCAAAGGAAUCCACAAGCAAGAUUCAAGAAUCGUCUGUUGAGGCCCCCCUAAAAGCACGGAAAGCUGAUUCACAGGAAGAAUGCUGUGAAGAGCGGGAAAGAAAAAUUGAGAUCAAGAAAUACGAAAAUAGUCACCAAGAAAACCAUAAGAUAUCACAGAAGAACAUUUUGAGAAACAAAUCUAAAAUCAAGGAAGACAAAAUGGACAACCCUGUUGUAACCAGGAAGAAGAUAAACAAUAAUAAUUUAUUUGGAAACAAAAACCUUGAAGGCACCCAUAAAAAAUUAGUAGCGGACUCCAGUGAGAAGUUGAAAGAUGAGAGGGGAAGAUUUGGGUCAGAAAGAAAGUCAAACGCAAAAUCAAAGCCAUCAAAAGAAUCAUCAGGGGAAGACGAACAUUCUUUUUCAUCCAAACCCUCAAAAAGUUUAAAGGGGGCCGAUGAGGACUGGCCUUCUGAAAUAUCAAGGAGCCUGGAGUCCAAAAGCAGAAAAAGAAAAGAAAAAGAUAAGCGUGGUGAUACUGAAAAGUAUAAACAAAACUCCAAAAAUAACCAACAUUCAAAACACAAAAAGGCCAAAAUAAAGCACAAAGAUGUGGGGAACAAAAGCGAUCUGGAAGAGCCUUCGAUGUCUUUUGAAUCUUACUUGAACUAUGACUUGAAUGGUGCGAAGAAAAAAGAACAAGCUGGAGGGAAGAAAACCUCCACAAAAACCAAGACUGCAGCAAAAGAACCACCAAAAAAGGACGCAUCCAUUAAACCUGCGAUGUCACUGGCAGCCUCUCCUGAGCAGAAUCAUCUGGAGUCUUUCAUGCACCUGAUAGACGUUCCUUUACCUGCCACUCUGCCGGAAUUGGAAAAGCCAUCCAGUGUUGAUUACUACUUUGAAAGAAAAGCUGAGAAGGAGCCGGAUAUCUGUGAUGCCUCAGAAGAGUCUGCUGUUUUCACUGGUCAGAGGCUGAAUAAGAAAAUGCAAGUGUACUCCGGUACCAAAACCCUUUUCUUACCAGCAAUGAUGAGUUUAUAUCAACAGUGUAUUCGCGCACUCCAGAACAAUAUUAACUUGCUUUAUGAAACUGGUGGAGUACCGUUUGAACUUCUUGAACCGGUGUUGGAGAGGUGCACGCCGGAGCAGCUGCUACGCAUUGAGGAAUGCAACCCAAUUUACAUCGGAGAGACUGAUCACUUAUGGGGAAAACACUGCCAGAGGGAAUUCAAAGACUAUAAACUUCAAGAAUAUGAGUCAUGGAAAGAGAUGUACAUCAGGCUUUCCGAGGAGAGAGAAAAGAAACUCCAAAGACUCACAAAAACAAUUGUCUCGGCACAUUCUAAGAAACCAAAGGGACGGCAGGUGAAGAUGGCAUUUAUUCACACCGUUGCCAAGCCACCGAGAGAUGUGCGAAUUCAGCAGGAAAUUCAUGGAACUGCUGUUCAGCAGCCUCAUCAGCCCAAGUGCAGUGGAAAACCACAAGACAGCCAGGUGAAGUCCAGUUUUAAUGAGGCCGUAAAGUCCAGCAGCAUCGGUUCCGGAGGAAGCAAUUCACAAGACCCUCGCAAAAAAACAAGAGUUGCUCCAAUGAUGGCAAAGUCUUUGAAGGCAUUUAAGAAGCAGCUGGGACGCAGAUAA